AUGUUGUUUUCCUAGCCGGCACACGGAUAGUUUCCUGCAUAAAAAACAACACGAAUAGUUGUGCUAAAAUCUCUAAUUGCUCCAAGUAAAAAUGUCGCUAGCUCCGGCCAGUGGUACGGGAAGGUUUUGGGCACGAUCGGCGAAAAUAAUACGCUUUGUACGUCAAGGAUGCACCAACAGGCCCUUUUUCCACAUCGUGGUAAUGGAGCGCCGAAAAGACCAAUAUCAACCGGUUAUCGAGCAAGUGGGCACCUAUGAUCCGAUUCCGAACGAGCAUAACGAGCAGUUGGUAUCGUUUAAUUACGAGCGCAUUCGACAUUGGCUUGGCAGUGGAGCGCACUUGUCGAAACCGGUGGCGGAACUGUUAGGAAUUGCUGGUUUGCUUCCAGUACACCCGCAAACCUAUAUGACUGCAUGGAGAAACAGGCAAAUGGCUGAGAAGCUGGCUCAGAUUGAAGCUGUUAAAAAUGCAGAACAAACAGAAAACACUACCAGCAGUUGA